AUGGAGCCCCAAGACGAAGUCCAGUACUGCCCCUAUAGGACAAGUGCUGGAUAUGGUGAGGUCAAUACAGCGGACUACUCCAACGUACGGUACUAUGAGUUUUCGGAAUCAGAGAAUGAUAACCAGCAGAACUAUGAGGACGAAGGGCCUCAUGGUCAACGCGCAACACAGCAGCCGCCGCCAACUCUAACGUCUUCCAGUAAAAAGGCAAAGAAGAAGAGCAAGAAAGCGCGUGCUCCUUCACCUCUACCAUCUCCGCUGAACGACGCGCCAGCGUCUUCCCAGGACAUCGUAGAUCCAGACGAGGAGUGGGGUUCGCAGCCAAAGUCAAAGAAAAAGAGCAAGAAGACGCAGCAGACACCGGCUUCAGCACUGCCUGUGGAGGAGCCCACGACACCAGAACCAACAACCAUUGAUGCUGAAGAGGAACCAGUGUCGACGACAAAGUCCAAAAAGAAGAAGGACAAGAAGAAAUCGAAGGCGGGAAAGGACAAAGAUUCUGACGCUGUCGAGGAGAAAGUCGUCAUCGCGCCUCCAGCAACUGAAGUGCCGGACGAGCAAGCCGUCGAAGAGGAGAUAUCCACUCCUAAAACCAAGGCCCAGAAGGCUAAGGACAAGAAGGAAAAGAAAGACAAGAAGAAGGAUAAAAAGAAAAGCAAAGGGAAGAAUGGCGAUGCUGAGCACGAUGGUGACACUGCCGACAAGUCUCUGUCCGCCCCUGCCCCAGAGCCUUCCUCACUACCAGAUGCUGAAGCAACUUUAGAGGCGGCUGAGCCUUCUGCUUCGACCUCACCGGCUGGAGAUGACGGUGCAAAGGCUGCUGAUGAUGAGCCUGCCGCUACACCGGCAGCUAUGGAGGAAGCAGUCGGCGAUACCCCAGUUGUGGACGAAGCCCUAUCAAAUCCUCCAUCAGUCCCUGGGAACGACAUGGUAGAGGCUCACAAGGAACCUUCAGUGGAAGAGACAGCCAGCGACGAGGCGACCGCCGCCCCUGAGACGGCUGUUGAUGAGAAGGUCGCCUUAGGCGCCUCGGAAACGUCCGCCCAUGUGGCUGCCGCUGUUAGCGAAGAGCCUGCACCGCCAGCUGAGGCUGCCCUUGCACAGGAACAGGAGCCGUCACCAGAGGCGCCAGUUGUUGAAGAAGCGAAAACCGACGACCUGGCCGCUCCAGUAGAUGAUCAAAGCAGCCCGAAACCAUCGGAAGAGCCAGCCGCUUCAGAGUUGGUUGCGGAAGUUGCGUCCAACGAUACCCCCGCGCCUGCAGCUGAGGCUGGCACUGAACCUAAUACCGAGCUUGCUGUCGAGCCUGCUGCCGAGCCCGCUUCAGAACUUGCCACUGCGUCCGCGGUCGAGCCAGCUUCUGGAUCUGCUGCUGAGCCUGCGGUUGGGCUAUCUCCUGGGCCUGCCCCUGAACCUGCCGACGAACCUCCCGCCGAAGCUGCCGAGCCUGCGGUCGAGCCAGUUUCCGAAUCUGCUGCCGAGCCAGCCCCUGAACCUGCCGCUGGACCUCCUGCCGAACCUGCCGCCGAACCUGCCACUGCGUCUGUGGUCGAGCCAGCUUCUGAAUUUGUUGCGGAGCCUGCCGUUGAGCUAUCUCCUGAACCUGCUGCUGAACCUGCCGCCGAACCUCCCGCCGAAUCUGCUACAGAACCUACGGUCGAGCCAGCUCCGGAGCCUGUCGCUGAGCCAGCCGCUGAGCCAGCCGUUGAGCCAGCCCCUGAACCUGCCGCUGAGCCUGCAGCCGUACCAACUGAUGAGCCAGCCCCUGAACCUGCCGCUGAGCCUGCAGCCGUACCAACUGAUAAGCCAGCCCCUGAACCUGCCGCUGAGCCUGCAGCCGUACCAGCUGCUGAAACAGCUGUAGAUUCAGCUCCCGAAUCAACUGCUGAGCCAGCUUCUGAGCCUGCUGCUGAGUCUGCGGUCGUACCAGCUGCUGAGCCUGCUACUGAACCAGCCUCUGAACCGACUAUUGAACCAAGUUCUGAGCCAGCUGCUGAGCCAGUAGUCGAGUCGGCUACUGAGCCUACCGAGCCACCUGCCGAACCCGCUGUCGAACCAUCUCCUGAACCUGCUGCGGAACCCGCCACCAAUCUUGCUGUUGAGCCAAAUGACGAGUCCGUCAUCGAGCCAGCUGCUAAGCCAGCGUCUGGACCAAAUACCGAGCCAGUAGUUGAGUCACCUACUGAGCCCACCGCCGAGUCAACUAUCGGAACUCCCGUUGAACCUGCCGUCGAGUCUGCCAAUGAGGCAGCCACGGAUCCAGCUGUUGGAUCUGCUGUUGAGCCCGCACUUGAGGGUGUUACCGAGGCAGUUAUUAAGCCUGCAGAACCUCAAGCCGAAAGCAGUGCAGAACCUGUUGCAGAGUCUACUGAUGUUCCUGCAAUCGAGUCUUCUACCCAAGAAAUCGCCAUCGAACCCCCUGUUACGUCUCCAACCGAUUUAGCAUCUGAACCCACUUUUGAUAUUACUACUGAGUCUGCCGCUGAAGUGGUUACCGAGUCUUCAAAAGAUGCGAUUGAACCUACUGCCGUACCUACUGUUGAGCCUCUAACAGAGCCCGCCGCUGAACCUGCUACUAAGUCCGCCGUCCCGCGAACUUCUCCAGAGACAGCCCUAGAAGCUGCUGCUGAACCAGCUGUUGAGCCCUCUACAGCAUGUUUUACAGAGGAUACUCCCGAAGCCGUCACUGAAAAUACUAUCGAGCCUACAUCUGAGCCUACACAUGAGCCCGCCAUGGAGCUUGCCGCCGGAAUUCCUGCUGGACCUACUGUCGAGUCCUCUGCAGUGCCUGACGAUAAUCCUACCACUGAAAGCACCGCAAAGGGAUCUGAUGGCGAAGACAUCCUAGAACCCGUAGGAAAACCAGUGGCACCGGAUGCCUCGGCUGAGGGAGUUCAGACUACUUCAAAGCAAACCUCCGCGCCAGAAGACGAAGCCAGCGACGAGUCGGAUGCUCCUGAGGCGGAUGCAAGUUCCCCACCUCUUGCUGACACCUCCUCAGCCGAACCAGCCCUUACUGAGCUCGAAGGUGAUGAUGAUUCGGCGACAGCACCAAAUGAAGAUGAGCCAAUCAAAGACGUACAGCAUGCUAUAAGCGAGGAAGCCGCAGUCUUGAUCAGCGAGGCUACGCCAUCAGACGUCAGUUCUCCAGCAAAAUCUGACGAGACAGCGACCGCUGCCGGUGACGAGCAGUCGACUGAGGCAGCUAUUGCUUCUUCUGGCGAUGCGAUGAUCUUUAUCAACAAAGUUGAUGGCGGAAAGUCGGAAGCUGACGAGAACGAGGCGCCAUCACCUGACCUAGGCUUAAGCGCCGAUGUUGACGAGCCGGCUCCGUCGCCUUCGAACUCGUGUCAAAAACCUUCUUUGAUCGAGGUUCAUACAGAUACUUCGUCCGACGGCACACCGGUUGAAGUCAAGCAAAAGGCAGGCGAUGGAGAACCGCCACAGGUGUCACCGACAGCACUAGCGUCAGAGCCAUUAUCCGACGAUAACCUUGCUGAUGAGGAUACUCUUGUACAAUCCCCAGAUGCGAACAUGUCGGAUGUUGCUGAAGCUGGCCUAUCGGGCCAGCUGACUCAACAACCUGACGAAGGCGUCUUGGACAAGACACUUGAAGUGCCGCUUGAGGUAGCUGAACCGGUGCCAGCUGACAAGGAAGAGCUCGAUUUGGGCGCCUCUUCAGCUAAGACUGACACGGAUACUGGAGAGGUUCGGGGUACUAGCACAACAAAAUCCAACGUGCUGGACGGACUGAACACACAAAUUCAGGAGAACCCAGCCGAUCAAGAGUCUGUCACAGCGGACGAAACCCAACCCAUUGAAUUGCCAGAUGUCGCUCCAGAUGUCUCUUCGCCUGAAGAGUUGAAAUUGGAGUUGGAAACCUCCGAGAAUCCUGCAGCCAUAGUUGUCGAGGCCCCCUUGGCCGACAAAACAAGUCUAACAGACGACACCAUAUUGUCAAAGGAUGUGGGGGACAAUGAAAUUGUUGAGACACCUGCCGCUUCCCAUAAUGAGGUGGAGAAGGACUUUCAGUCGACCGAACAAGGAAACAAGAUUGAAGAAAUCGCGACCCCCUUGGCUAUCGAGUCUCAAGCGCGGGAUCUGGUCCCAGCCAUGAACAAUGACAUUUCAGACGAAGACCUGGCGUUGUACGGGAUCGCCAGUGACGGCAAGCAGCUGAGCUGCACGGAAUCAAUACUUGCACAGAACGCAGACACUACGCUGGUAGCAUUAACCUCCGAAUCCACGGAGAGCACGGAGGCCGAUCUUGAGCCAGAAACGGUUGAGGCGGUCGCCGGGGCAAUAGGAACUUCAGACAGAGGCGACGAGACUUCCAAGUCUGAGGAGACUACAUCGGAGCCUCAGUCAGUAUCAGUUGCCGCUGCAGGGGUUGCAGCAACAGAUUUUACGGUAGACGCAGGAGUCACCGCCAAUACAACUGCGACUGCCGAAGGCGACUCUGAAAGUCCUCCUCUCUCUGCGACCAAUCGAGAUGGUCCCGUGGAAGAAAGCCCGAGCUCGGAUGCACCGGCGAUAGUCGAGGAGGCCGCAAGCACAGAGGCCGAGUCGACUGCCAGCCAUGCAGGUGCCGCUCCCGAAAUUGCGUCUGAGCCUACUGAAGAAGACCCUGAGCCUACAGCCUCCGUCCUCGAACCCGGGCCAGUUGAUAGACCGGACGAAGAUCCUGACUCUGACGCCAAAGCCGAGCUCGGAAAAGGGGAAAAGGCGGCUGAUCCCGAAAAUGCGGAAAGUUCUGCUCUUGUAGAAGAAAGUGUGCCCCCAGAAACAUCAUCUGCAGAGGCUACUGCCAAGACGACGGAGGUUGACCCGGCAGAUGAUUCCGAACUUUCGAAAGAAGAAACAACCGCAGUUCAGGACGCAAAGGAUUCAAUCGAACCUCUUGAGGUUGGUCUCGAACCUAUACCUGAUAUGGCUUACACUGAGCAGCCGGCAUGUUCUUCACAAGCAACUGAGCUCGAGGAUUCCUCCGCCGAGACCAAGCCUGAAGUUGAGGACGAAGCGAACGCAAACAAAGAAUUCGAACCCAACUCGAAGGUUGUGGGGGAGCCUAUGCCUGAUGUUGUCGAGGAGCACGAAACCACCCCUAGCAAGGAACACGGUUCUGAGCUGUCCGAGUGUGAGCUCGAGCUCCCCAACGAAGAAAGCGCGGCAGUCGCAGUCAGUCAGCCUGCCGAGGCUGCUGACUCUUCUCAGCCUUCCACUGAGAAUGCCCAAAUUGAUAUCCCUGGGGAGCCUGAAGUACCUCUGUCCAUUGAGGAUGAACCCGAACAGAGCAAACAAUUCGAGGCAGAAACAACUACCCAGGUCCUUGAAGCGGACACCAGCUCUGAAGAGCCUGAAGCUGAAGGUGUCGAACGUGGAGAGCCUGAGGCUCCAACGGUCAUGUCCGAGGUCGUUUCCGAAACCCCAGACGCAGCCGACGAACCGAAAUCAAAAACAUCAAUUGGGGAACUGGAUGCGAGUGGACUCUCCGAAGAAAGAGCCCCUGAAAGUGUCGAGAAGACCGAGCCUGGACCAUCAAAGACAGAAAUCACGACAGCUGAGCUCGCAGAAGCUUCCGAAAAGAAACCGCCAACAGAGGCGCCGAUUGCUGCUCCAUGUCUUGACGCGAAAGAGCUGGCAACUGAGCCUACUGCCACGGGAGGUCAAGCUACGUUGCCAGCAGAAGCUUCCGGAGGCGCGGAGCCUGAGAAACCCAGUGAUGACCAAGCUGAGCCUGAGCCUGCAGAGGCAGCUCCGGCUGUUGUCGAACAGGGGUCUGAACCUGCUAUAAUCCACCCAAGUUCCGAGCCAGAGGUCUUGUCCUCCGAUGACUCGAAGGCGGCGGAUGCCCCUACCAUCGACUCGGUUCCAGAGGGCUCACCAACCGAAGUUUCACAGCAAAAUAACGGAGCAGAAAUUGAGCCACCAGAAGCAGCAGUCGAGGAUGAAAAGCCAGCUUCCGAACCCGAGGCACAGACUGCAACCCCUAAUGAGUCAGAAGAUGUCCAGGCAAUUGAGGAAAAGUCGUCCCCUCAGGUGGACAGCUCAGCUCAGCCCAAGGCAGAGGUGGUUGAAGAAGACAGCACCGAGACGCCCAAGGAUACUGAGGCCGCAAUUCAAGAAGAUAAGCCCGCUACUGAGGUCACCGAGGACGCGCCCAAGCCAGGGGUCCCUCCUAAGGAACCGGACAACGGCGAGCCCAUUGACCCAGCGUCAGCUCCUGAUGACGCAGCCCCUGUAACGGAACCUGGAAUUUCUGCUGUCGUAUCGCCCCAGGAGACAGAAGAACCGACCGGUUCCACUGGGGAUGUCGAGCCUCCUGGAGGCGCGGUUCCCAGUCCGGAAGCGGCCACGCCCCAAGAAGAAUCGUCCAAGGAGCCUCAGCUUGGUGAGACUGCGGAUCCGACCGAUGCAGCACCACCGACCCCACCACCCGAAGUUGAUGAAGACAACAAGGCUGAAGCGGAGGAGAGCAAGGACUCUGUUGGUCCCAUCAUCGGCAGCGAACAGACAAAGAGUCAACCCAAAACAGCUGCGGGCGACGUGUCUGGGCCAAGCGUCCCCGAAUUGGUAGCGGGUCAAGGGUUGGCGAUGAUUCCUGCCCUUGACACAGCCGUCGGAGAAAGCCAUGUUGUCAUCGGUCGAGUCGGCCAUGUCGAGACCAACACCCUGGGCGACGAACAGUCAACUCCUGUCAUUGCUGCAGCGCCUGAGACGUCAGAGACUUUGCCAGGCGAAUCCGUGGAUCUACCGCAAACCCCAGUCGUGCUGGACAUUACCUCUGAGGUGGACUACACUACGACAGAUCUUGCAACAGACGGCCUGGAGGCCGGCACGGAUGCAAGUGAAAGGGAAGAGCCCGACAUUGUCACGACUACGGUUGAUGACGGAGAGCUUGAUAUCUUGCAGGACGGAGAUCAACCUCUUGCAGAGUUGAAUCUCGCAUCAGUCAAAGAACAGCCCUCGGUCCAGCUCUUUUCUCAGGAUCAAACCUCUAUGGGUGCUGGGCCUGAUUCUGACGUCUCAACAGAGGCGGCGGCCGAAAAAGUGGCGAUAUUGACUGCCCAGCUGUCAGCAUCGCCCAUCUCCGUAACCCGUGUGGACACUCUCGCCAUUGAAGACACGGUGGCGAAAGACAUCGAGACUGAGCAGGAUGCGUCUUCUUCGAUGGGCCGGGAAUCAGGCGUGCAGCGUAAUGGCGUGUCGGGCACGGAAACCUUCCCAUCUGAGGAGCCAGCGCCGAAGUUCGCAGUUCUCGCGGAAGAGAACGAUCACGCCCACAACGAUGAUACUGAGUCUGUCGAAAAGCAUCAUCAAUCGCUUGUGGAUGAAGAGACUCUAGCCAAUACGGGUGAUGGGACGCAGUGGACUGCGUCUGAUUUGGCAGACACAUUGGCAAUUGCUCCAUCCUCGGCUGAUGAGCCUAUGAUCGAUGUCUCGUCUGCGCUAAAAGCUACUGAGGAGAAUAGUUCUUCGCUUGUAAACGAAGACCUUCCCAUCUCGGAAGCCAGACUAUUCAAUGAGCCGGUCGUGUUCGUCGUCGACGACGCUCAAAGCCCAAGAAACGCCAAAGAACACCUCCUAGUGUCGCCAACCGACACCGAGGAUGACAUCGAUGCUGCAGCAAGACUUGAAGAUGUCAAUGUCCCCGAAGAGAUCAAAAAGAUGGGGAAGUCAGAAAGGCACACGUAUCCCGAGGUUGAGGCCCUCCCUGACCACUCUGGGAGCCUGGAGUUGCCUCUUGAAGAGUCAAAACAAAUGGCUGGCGACAUCGAGAUCAACAGCGUAUUCCAAAAUAUGGCAACUGCUGCUGCAGUCACAGAGGGAGCCGCGAGUCCAGUCGCAUCUGCUCCCGUGUUCUGCAACGAUCAAUCAUCCCGUGAGCAGACGUUGGAGACGCCCUCUAUCGCACAUCGCGCAUCCUCCGAAAAGUUGACCCAAUCUCUAUUUGACCAACCAAUGUCAGUGUCAGGCGAGAGCUUUGAGAGGCAGAACGCCGACGAGGUUGUUGACGUAACGGCUUCAGCCUUGAAGUUACCCUCCGAGCCUGGAAACUGCCACGCGUCACAGUCGCCAGGCAAACCUGACAAUCUCGUUCUUUUCGACGAAGGCACUCAGACGGAUGAGUCCUUCUUGAAGUCUCAACUACGCUCUCUUACACCCCGGCUGGACGCACUCUCACGAGCGGCAACGCCUGCCAUUGUCUUGCCGGACGCAGCCGAACCUACGCCUCCUCUGUCACCAUCGGGCAGGCAGUGGGAAAGAAUCAGGAGACGGGAACGUAAACAGUCUAUUGCUCGCGCCGAAGAAAUGGUGGCUGCCGCCGUAGUUCUGUAUGCGACGGCGGAAGUUCUCAGCCCGCCAUCGAGUCCUACACUGGGAAGCUCUAAGCCGAACCCGAUGCACAAUCUGCAAAGCAUCGAGCAUCAGAUGCUGAAUGGCCCGAUUUCGGAUGAAGACAGUCUCACGCGCAUCGAAGCAUCCGCUUCUACGUUGCAGAUGACAACAAAGAAGCAGACUCUUCUCAUGAUCGUGAAAGACGUCGCAGGCACCGAGUCUCUCACAACUCUUCCCAUCAAUCCAGCCACCACUCCAGCCGCAGCCGGCCUGAAGACUCGAGUAAGGAUGGCAGUAGCCGCCGCCACUCACACCACUCGAGUUCAUCCCACCGCCGGCAUCGCACUGAUGCCGAACGCGAGCGUGACCGUCAGCGUGACCGAGAGCGAUAGCGGCUUCUCCGCAGAAAGCCCUCAGGCUACCGGCUCCGCCCGCCGACGGUAUCGCAGCGAGCGCACACCCGAAGAACAAGCCGCCCACGAAAGGAGAAAGGAGGAGCGGCGAGCACGUGAACGUGCCGAGGAGGAACAGGCAGCGCGCGAAAGGAGAAGGGAGGACAGACGGGCACAUGAACAUGCCCGAGAGAAUCAGGCUGCGCCCGAUCACAGACGAGAAGAGCGGCGCGAGCGGACUCCGGAAGAGCAGGCGGCGCAUGAGCGGAGGAAGGAGGAACGUCGGGCUGCACGCGAGAAGGAGCGAGAGUUGGAGAGAGGUGAAGAGAGGCGCAGAGAGAAGGAGAAGGAAAGGUCGCGCAGCUCAGCAGUCAAGGAGAGCAAGGGUAAGGAACCCGAGAUUGACGCCUCGUCGCCCGCGGAGCGUGCCCCCCACCAUCGCCGAGUGCGACGCCACAGCACUUCAGUCCCCAAGGAUGAAGGGCCCGCCUCGGCGCCUGCAACCGUUUCGAACAAGAAGUUCUUCGACAUGAAGAAUGCUGAAGGCGGUGUAGGGCUGGGCUUCCAAAGCCCGUCAUCCCACGCGAAACCGGCAACGCCUGAGCAGGCCCCAACGGUGACAUUUGAGGAAGCUUCGCCUUCUUCUCGUGAGGUGCCUAAGCGGUCGAGCACUACCCGCUCUCGGCACGGGCACGGGCACAGGUCUCGCACGGAGGACCUGUCCAAACUAGCGCGAGCUCGAGACGCUGUGGCCGAGGAGGCUCGCGAGGCCAAGGAGGCCAAGGAGGCCAAGGAGGCCCGAGAAGCGCGGCGAGCAGCGAGGAGGGCGAGGGAGGAAACUGCUGCUUCUGAGGAAGGGUCUAGCACUAAGGGUGAAGACUCUCGGAGGAGGGCGAGGGAAGAGGAGCGGAAGAGGACGCGUGACCGUGAUAUCGAGAAGGAGAAGGAGAGGGAGAAGAACGGGUUCAGGGCCGCGUUCAAGCGGCUGUUCACAUCAUGA